GUCCCAGCGCGCUGCGGGCGCGUUUCUGCUUCCGGGGCGGGCCGCGGCACUUCCGGCGGGUGACCCUGGCGAGUCCUUCUGGGUGGCGGGAUGGGGCUGCGCGACACCGUCGUUCACGCCGGGGAGCCUGAGGAGGAGGAAGAGGAAGAGCUGGUGGAUCCUCUAACCACGGUCCGGGAGCACUGUGAGCAGACAGAGAAAUGCGUGAAGGCGCGGGAGCGGCUGGAGCUGUGCGACGCGCGGGUGUCCUCCAGGUCCCAGACGGAAGAGCAGUGCACAGAGGAGCUCUUUGACUUCCUGCACGCCAGGGACCACUGUGUUGCUCACAAACUCUUUAAGAACCUGAAGUGAAGGCAGAAGUGAUUGUCCAUCUGCUUCCACAGCCCAUGUCGGCGGUUCCUGGAUUCACAGCGCUGCUUCCCGCCGUUCAUUCUCCAUGCCAAGUAUAAACCAGACGGCUUCCAGGCAGUGACUGAGCAUCGCGUGUCACUGCCUCUGUUCUUGCGGAAGAUGCGCAGCUGUGCAAAAACAUGUCAAUGUUCUGUAAUUUUCCAUAUUAAACAUAGAGUUCCCAUGGAAA